GCGACAAGACGACCUCAUCUGCAGCUGAGUUCUUCAUUACCACCAAGAUGCCUCUGACAUUCUGUCCACACUGCAGCAAUGCGUUGACCGUCUCUCGAGCUGAGCCUUCGACGACCUAUCCCAUGGGUGUGAAUCGUUUCCAGUGCCGCACAUGUCCGUAUCAAUUUGUGAUCGAUCGUCUAUAUGUCGAAGAAAAAGUGUUGAAGCAGAAGGAGGUGGAAGUAGUCUUCAAUGACGAGGAAAUGUUCAAGAAUGCCGAUAAACUUCCAGUUCAAUGUCCAUCGGAUACUUGCAACGGCGAGUACGCCUAUUUCUACCAACUCCAAAUUCGCAGUGCUGACGAGCCGAUGACUACAUUCUUGAGGUGCACCACCUGCGCGAAGACAUGGAGAGAUUAGAACAGCCUCUCUCGAGUCAUUAUCGCUAAAUAAUGAUUAGACACGGAUACCUUGACGAAAUAGGCGAUUGGCGGUUUCUUUUGCAUUGUGAAUAGCGUGCGGCGUU